AUGGCCGAAAAGGAAGUUCCCAUUUUGAUAUGACAAAUUAUCAAGAUUUAUCUGGCUUGAUGCAGAUCAAACAGUGUUAUAAAAAGCCCAAUAUUUUGCCAUAAUGAUCACAACACAUAGAACUCGAUUUGAUAAGUGCCUGAGCUAGUGAAAUAGCAACUACUGUCUGAUUACAUUGACAUACGCUACCAAAGGAAGAGAAAAUGUUUGGACAGCAGAAUAAGACGCUAUUUGGCGGAACGAGUUUUGGUGGCAGCACAAGUAAGUUAGGAGGUACAUUUGGGGCAGCGACUCCCUUUGGUCAGAGUGCGAGUACAUUCGGCACUCCAGCAGCAUCGGCCUUUGGUACUCCAGCUGCCUCAACGAGUAUAUUUGGAGGCACCACCACAGGAGCUGCUGGUACGGGCAGUAUUUUCGGAGGUGGAACCUCAACAUUUGGGCAACAGCCUGCGAGUUCAAGUACAGGAUUUAGCUUUGGAAGCACCGCCACCCAGCCCUCCCUGUUCGGUCAGACAACCACUGCUAGUCAAUCAACUGGACUAUUUGGCACCCCAGCUUCUAGUGCCUUUGGGGCAAAGACACCAGGAUUUGGAACAACUGGCACUGCCAGCACAUUUGGAGCCCAGCCUGCAUCUACAGGUCUAUUUGGUGCCAGUACAUCGACAGGGGGAACGUCCCUGUUCGGAACUCAGACCACGAGCGCUGCAACUACGGGGACAAGUCUUUUCGGAGGCUUCUCCGGUGCGACUGCCCAGGCAGGCACAGUAGUCAAAUUCAACCCAACCAAUGGCACGGAUACCAUGUUAAAAAAUGGCGUAUCCCAUAAUAUCAGCACGCGGCACCAAUGCAUCACUGCUAUGAAAGAAUAUGAAGCCAAGUCACUGGAAGAAUUACGAGUAGAAGAUUAUCUAGCAAAUCGUAAAACUGCACAGCCGGGUGCAACCCAGACGUCGGGUCUGUUUGGUGCCACUACUUCUCAGCCAAGCACAGGAUUCUCGGCGUUUGGACAAACUGCAGCCGCAAAGACAACACCCUUUGGCACUUCAUCUUUUGGUGGCACCACUGGGACUAGUUUAUUUGGUGCAACGCAACCAGCGGCCAGCGGAGGUAUGUUCACCCAAACGAAGCCUGCAUUUGGUACUGCAACAACGUCGGCGCCAUCUUUCAGCUUUGGGGGCACAGCAUCUACUGGUUCGUCCUUGUUUGGUCAGAGCACGCAACAGAAGAGCUUGUUUGGCACUGCGACGACCCAAGCUGGGAGUUUAUUUGGUGCAGCAGCCGCAGCAACAUCGACUGGGAGUACUGGGUUUGGAUUUGGUGCAGCCACACCUCAAACAAGUGGGAUAUUUGGUGCAAAGCCUACGGGCUUCGGUGCCGCUACAACUACGGCAGCUACUGGCUUCCAAUUUGGCCAACAGGCUGCUGGCACGUCGAUGUUUGGUAAACCAGCGGCAAGCAGUUCAGGAUUCAGUUUUGGUGGAACUGGAAGUACUUUCGGUCAAGCAACCACUGGGACCAGCCUGUUUGGUGCCAAGCCAACUGGCUUGGGAACAACAACAGGAUUUGGCACGACUGGAUUUGGAGCCGGUCUAGGGACCACUGGUCUUGGCACAGGAUCAUCCCUCUUAGGACAACAGGCCAAGCCAUCAUUCGGGUUUGGUACCACUGGUAGUACCCUUGGUGGGACGACGGGGUUUACUGGUUUUGGUGGAGCGGGAACAGGCUUGGGUGCUGGAACUACAGCAACACUGGGACAAACUGCUGCAGGUGCAGGGGCAGGGCAGCAUCAACUUCAGCAACAGUUAGUCAACUUGGUCCAGUCACCCUAUGGAGAUUCGCCUUUGUUCAGAAACCUCAAACAUGAUAUCAAUAAAGAAGAGAUUUUGAAGCCGACCAAUCCAGCCGCCCAGAAGGCCGCCCUGUCUGCCGCUACACAAUUUAAGAUCAGCAGUCGACCCGUUGCGAAGAUAAAGCCCAAGUCACUCCAGUCUGUUAAUGGCAAGGCCCAGCUAUUUGACGGUUUAGAUGAUGAAGAAUCUACGUAUGGAGCUGACACCUUCAUCCCAAGAAAAAGCAUCAAGAAACUUGUGAUUAAGAACCACUCGCCAAACAGAGACAUGACGCUGCCGCUGGCGACCAAUGGCCUUGAUGAUUUUCCAACCGGCCCACCAGAGGGGGUUAAUGACUUCUUCAAGCCGACGAGUGAUCGCGUUGGUAGUUUCGAUAAUGGCAGUGACGAUGGUCCUCCGGACACAGUCAUCCGAGGACAGAAGAAUAUGCAGUCAGUGCAUGAACCCUCGCCGGCCAGGAAUCAGUUGGACGACACAAUAGAACUGCUUAACACACGCAACAAGGCUUUACGCAUGAUGAAUUCUCUGCAGACGAGUAGUGCCGAUGUGACAGACGCCAGUAUCAUUGAUGCAGAUGAUGAUGACGAGGACGAGAGCAGGAGUUCUACUCCUCCCCCACAUCCAGCUGGCAUCGUCCUACGGCGUCCUGGUUAUUACACAAUCCCAUCCAUGGAUGAACUUGCUGUUACGACAGAUCAAAAUGGUGAUUGUAUUGUAGAGGAUUUCACGGUUGGGAGAGAAGGAUAUGGCUCUGUGUUUUACGCAGGAAUCACAAAUGUUGCUGGCCUAAAUUUAGAUGAGAUAAUUCAUUUCCGUCGAAAAGAAGUGACCGUUUACCCAGAAGACGACAGGAAGCCAUCUGUUGGUGAGGGACUCAACAAAAAAGCCGAAGUAACCCUGGAUUGCGUCUGGCCAACUGAUAAGACAACACACAGCCCAAUCAAGGAUUUAACGCGGUUGCAGACCAUGAACUAUCAGUCGAAAAUAGAACAUUCUACUCACAAACUUGGAGCAAAAUUCAUAGAUUAUCGUCCAGACACUGGGUCUUGGGUGUUUGAGGUGAAACAUUUCUCAAAGUACGGUUUGAUCGAUGACUCGGACGACGAAGGCGACAACGCACAGAUUGAGAAGGACCCAAAGAAACUCAAACAGAUCCUGGACGAGACGCAAAAACAACUGGCUGUCCAGCGUCAACAAAUCCAGGUGCAGGAGGAGCAGAAGAGGCUGCAGGACCAGCAGCAGCAGGCUACCCUCAAUGGCGUCCUGAAGAACGGGCAGCAGCAGGUCCCCAUGCAACAAGAUGAUGAGGAUGAUGACAUGGACAUGGCCGACAUCACCCGAGAACGCAUGCCAGAGGUGGAGGAUAGCGAAGAAGACAAGGAGGUUGAGACUGUUCCUUCGUCACAUAGGUUGGCCCACAGCUUUGGUGUGAGUGCCCAGAGCAUGCAGGUCAUGAAGGCGUCAUUCUUUGGGGACGAGGAUAUUGAUGAAGAGAUCGCCUUCAAACCUCAACAUGAAGUUCAAAAGGAUAUCCGAGGACCACGACCUGUGUCGCCUAUUUUCAAGCACCUUCAGAUUGACCGCUCAAGUUUAUUUGGGCCGAAGACAACAUCUCACAUCCAGUCACCUCGUCCUGCCAGCCCAAAACCUAUGUCCAGUACGAAGGUCAAGGUACCAAGUAUGACUUCAGGUCUAUUCUCACACUUGCGGUCAUCAUCUCCCCCAAGAAUUAUUGCCACGCCAACCCCGUCGGACCAUGCCCUCCUCCCGAGCGGCAUGCCCCAAGUCGAGAAGAUACAGACGAUAGUAGCCACGAAUAUUCGGCAGAAAGUCAUUCCAUUGAAAAAAUCCCUCCUUCACAAUAAGCAACAUAUGAUCAUGGAUGCUGCAUCAUUUAUGAGUCGGUCGUUCCGAGUUGGCUGGGGACCGAACUGGACCCUAGUUCAUGCAGGACAGCCAAUUGGUGCCGUAGAGAAAGCCACGCCUAGUUUUCCCUCCAUCCUACCAUCCUCGAAGCCACAAGAUGUCAGCCGCGUCGGGGAGACACCAUACAAAGUCACAUUAGAAAAAAUCAACUUCACUCCAUAUGCUGAUAACAAAGAUCUAGUUUUAAGAGCUAACUAUGUGAAGUCGUUGUCAAUUCAUUUGAAACACAGUCGCUUGGAUGUCGACGGCGAGUUACCGGUGUUUGCCCCUGAAGAGGGCGUGGAAGCACUUCAUGAAUAUGCUAAACAACUGGAGGAAGAAAAAGAAAAUAUAGGUUCACAUCCAGAUGCUGCGUGUGUCCAUCAUACAAGUCUUGUAUGGGAUCUGUGUGUUGCUCUCUGGGGCGAUCUACCUCUUUAUACUUUUGAUGACGAUACCGACCGAGACAGUUAUGACUAUCGCAUGGCAAGAAGAAAAGCAGUGUCACAAUGGUUAUCAAAAGCUGCCAGUGAAACAAUAGAACAAGAAGUCAAAGAUGCUAAUUUUAAGGGUGACAGUCAUUUAAGUGCAAUAUUCAGUUGUCUGAGUGGAGGUCAGAUCCCAGAAGCAUGUGAGAUUGCAGUUAAAGCAGGCGAUCACCGCUUAGCCUUGAUGAUUUCACAGACUACAGGCAAUCAUGUAUUCAGGUCCAUGCUGAAGAAACAGUUGACGAAUUGGCAUGAAACUAAGGCUGAUCAGUUUAUGGAUCUGGAGCGUUUGAAAAUCUAUGCCCUCUUGGCUAGCUGCAUGGUCUGGGAUACCUCGGCCCUGACCGUCAAUGUCUGUGAGGAUAUGGACUGGAAGCGCGCCCUAGCAAUUCAUCUCUGGUAUCAUUGUGUUCCAACCUCGACUAUCUCCGAUGCUGUGCACGAAUAUGACUGUGCCUUCAAAGGAAAGCGUCAAACAAGUUACUGCGGCCCUCCACACCCUCCGUAUUUAGAAAAAUUCAAAGACAAUGUGAAUUCAGUGGAAUCUAGGGCAGACAGACGUACCGUUAUUAGAGACUGUUGCUACCAUAUACUGAAACUUUACGGUCAACGCUCACAUCGUUUAGAGCGUAUUCUUGCCCCGACGACUUCGACCCCGAGUCACUUAGAUCAUCGACUGAGUUGGCAUCUUGCCAAUGUGCUACAGUCGCUGAGAUACGUUCAUUUGUCGGAACAGCACCAUGCGAUGUUGAAUUCGGAGUUUAUUGCACAGUUGGAGGCAGAGGGUUUGUGGGAAUGGGCGGUGUUUGUUGCACUUCAUGACGAGAAUAAUGAGAGACGAGAACAUGCAGUCCACACUUUAUUAUCGCGUCACAUCACUUUGCGGCAAGACUCCCGACAGAACACAAUAGAGAACUUCUUGGUCGAGGAAUUACAUGUACCGAAACACUGGCUACAUGAAGCUAAGGCUCUCCGUGCCCACUAUGAAAAGCGUCAUCAUGAUGAAGCCUGGCACUUACUAAAGGCUGGACACUGGAACAAAAGUCAUGUUAUAGUCAUCAGGCAUAUUGCCACUGACUGUAUUAUCAAUGAGGACUUUACGGAGUUGAAAAGAUACCUUGUAGAAUUAGCUGCUCCUGAACAUGCUGCUAUCAUCAAAGACUGGAACGUGGCCGGUGGAAUAUUCUACGAUUUCAUCAGAAUCACGGAAAAACUGGACGCUCUAAAAAAGGGAGAGCCAAGAUUGCACGAAUUAGAGCGUCUGCAUCCUGAGGUGAUUUCCUUGUGCAACAGGAUCGGUAGCCUCGAGUGCCGCUCCGCCAGGGACAGGCUGUGCCAGUCGGAGAUGUCCAAGAGGACGGCCAAUCUCCUCCAGGUGUUGCUCAUGUUGCAGGACACAAAUGGAUACCAGGCCCGCCAGAAUCAUGUACCUGCAAGAUUGCUCGCCCCACAUGUUGGGAGGUUGCCAAUGCCUGAGGACUAUUCUCUCCAGGAACUGCGUAAUCUCACAAGGAGUUACUUGAUUGAGAUGACUAUGUGAUUACACUACUGCAGCAGGUACUUGUUUUUGCUGGCACAAUACAUAAGUUAUUGCUAUGUUUGUGCUGGAUUUAGGCCUAUGCAUGCGCACCUGCAAGCCAAACAGUGAAAAGGCUUAUAGGUCUUAGGGACCAGUCAGGAAGUCAUGGGUGGUGAUGUGAAAUGUUUGCUUUGGCAAUCUGGCAGAUGGCAUAGGACCUAAGGGACCAUCUCAAAAUUGAAAAUAGGAGGGUUGCAAAUGACCUUGUGUUGUAUGUGCUUGGUAAAAUUGUUUGGAAAUAUUUGGAAAUCAAGGUAUUCCAGUUGUUAAUAAGUAUCAGUUAAUAAUGAAAUGACUGAGGCAAACACUUGUAUUUGCCAGGUCGUCUUUGACCAAUACGCAGUUUCUCCAUAAAUCCCAAAACUUUAAAUGUCACAUUUCCCUGGUUUAGUUCUUCUUCAGUUGAUUGUGUUUACUAAUUUGUUUGUUUCUACUUUAUAAAAUUCCUGGGGUAUUACUAUAAAAUGCCUGUUUGUGGCUACGUUUUGGGUCUCAUUCAUAAAACCUUUUAAGAAAUGUACAUUUUUAGAGCUUUGGCUGUAUACAAGGCUUGAAGGCAAGGAUGCUUGAUGCUUUAAAUAUAAUCAGUCAUUUUGCUGCAAAGAAGUACACAAUAGUCAAAUUCUCGGGUGAGAAAUGAAAAUCUUUAGACAAUCAGCUCUUUCUGUCGUCUUGAAAUCUAUUUUAGCAGUUGAAGUUUCAAAUAUGUGGUAAGGUUUUGGUCUCAACAAAUGCCUAAUCCUUCCCCUCCGCAUCUUUUACCUGAAUUAACGUUCACUCGUAAGAAAAGUUUGGGUUUUACAGUUAUCGUAUUCGAAAUAGUUGAUUUAAUCUUCUUAUACUUAAAUAGUGUUAAAUAGAUGUUUCUUUUAGAUAAUGUUGUGUCCCUAUCCAACUCUGUAUCGAACAGAUUGCAUUUCUCCUGUGAAGAACUUACCAAAAGCCCCGGUCUGAGUUUUUCUGCUUCUUAAUCUAAUCUUAAUCAGUUAAUUACCAGUUAUUGAGAUGUUCCUGUGACCAGCUGAGAAAUGGAAAAUGACAGUAGAGGUCAUACACUGGAAUUCAAAUUCACCUCUUUCCUGGUCCUGAAUGAAGCACUUUACCAUUGUUGUAUAAAACCAUGUUUUGUGUGCAUUGUUGUACUGUUGAAUGCACAUGUACAGAUGUAUGUUGGGAUUGUUUUGAUGGGUGACGGAAUUAUUUUUAUACAAAAUAAACACAUUUUAGUAACUUUGAAAAUCACUGCCAGACUUAUGUGAUCUAUUAUGAAGGAAGGUUGCCAGAUGUCUUUGAUAAAAAGCUCAUUGUUUAGUUCACUGAUCUUCCACUAGGGGAGUAGAGGAGGUUAUUUGGAUAGAAUUGACAUUCAUAAUACCCCCAUUAAAGGCCUCUGAAUUAUGUUGAAGAAAAUUUGUAAAGUCUUUCCUUAAGCCUCCCAAGUUAUGGUUCGUGUACGUAUUAUGAAUUUACUUUCCAUAGGAUGUUUGGAGGUAAACGCACCAAAUAAGGAAAUUUAUUUGGAGGCAUCUGGCAAGGUCAACACUUUUUAGCCCUGUUGUACAACUAAUUUUUUUGGGCUUGGUCAUUCUGUAAAAUAUAAGCUUGAUUCCGAUCUGGUAUAAUAAUUGAUUGCAAUCCGAUCAUGCUUUUGCUGUAUGUUAAAUGCACUCAUCAACUUUGUAAAAAUAUAUUUGAAAUAAAAUACAGUCCUUAAGUGUAAA